GGAGGGAGGGGAAGGGUUUAUUUGCUCUCUAGGGCUUCCUUGGCUGGGGCUGUUCCUUAGCACUGCUGCCUGGUCUCUGUGUGUUUCUAUCAGAGUAAAUAAACCUCCUCUUGUAAAUGCUGACCUCGAGCAAUGUAGUAAAUGCUGGUGUCAGCCAAACCUGCGCUCAGUCACUCGCGGGGACGUGUUGCUCCUCGGCGUGAAGCUGUGGCACUGCUUUCCCUGCAAGCACCAAAAGGAGAGGCCACCAGACACCUUCCUUUGGGUCUCAGUUCCAGCUUGCAUGACCUAGGAUUACAGUUGCUAUGGCGAUGAGACAGUUAGUGAAGGAAGGAGUGAAAGCUCUGCCCUGUCACCGAGACACAGCAUGGAAGCCAUCGCCAAGUUUGACUUCACUGCUUCUGGAGAGGAUGAGCUGAGUUUCCAGGCUGGGGACCUCCUGAAGGUUUUGAGCUCCCAGGAAGAGUGGUACAAGGCUGAACUCAGGGGUCAAGAGGGCUACGUUCCUAAGAACUUCAUUGAUUUCCACGUUCCCCCCUGGUUUGAUGAGAGGAUAUCCCGCCACGAAGCCGAGAACAUCCUCAUGAACAAAGGAGUUGGUUCCUUCAUUGUCCGGGCCAGUCAGAACUCUCAUGGUGACUUCUCCAUCUCUGUCAGGCACGAAGAUGAUGUGCAACACUUCAAAGUGAUGAGGGAUUCAAAGGGUAACUACUACUUGUGGACAGAGAAAUUCUACUCGCUAAACAAGCUGGUAGACUACUACAAGACAACUUCCAUCUCCAGGCAGAAGCAGAUCUUCCUGAGGGACGAACGAGAAGAGAAGGAAAGGCGUGGUGGGAGUCUGGAACGGAUGGGAUGGGAAGCUCUCCAUCUGGGUGGAGCAUCUGGAGAAGCUCAUUCUUCCAUAUCCAGGAGAUACGUUGAUCAUCCAGUCCCUGUACUACACCAGCAACAGGAUAGAUAUGGGGGGAGCCUGGACAGGAAAGAAGGGCUGCAUGGACUAAGGAAUCACGGCCAAGGAAGUGCAGCAGCUAUGCAACGAAGACACACAGACCCCCUGCACCAGCAGACACCACGAACGCUAUGGGUCCGUGCCUUGUACGACUUUGAUGCUGUGGAACACGACGAGCUGGGCUUCCGCAGCGGAGACAUCGUAGAGGUUCUAGACAGCUCCAACCCAUCGUGGUGGAAAGGACGUCUGCGUGGAGAACUGGGUCUCUUCCCUUCCAACUAUGUCACACCGGUGCUCCUGUGAGGGCACCGUAUGCCCCGGAGGGCUGUAUCAGAGCUGCUCUUCUGACAUGACCGGGACAGAGAGGGAGUGAAUCUUCCCUUGCCCCCAGGACAUAUGGUGUUUUUGCUUUUGUAUUAAUUUAUUGGGAAUUGAUCUUCUGAAAUGCUGGUAAGAAACAGAACCCUUUGAAGAGGGUGGGAUUUUUUUCCCGUUUUGUACAUCCAUAAAGGGGUAGGGAGCAAGAAACCUGGACUGUUUACUGAGACCUUGCCGGAUCCUCCCUGCCCUGUUAUUACUUUGGCUAAGUAUUGAUAACUUCCUGCAAUUAGGUUUGUUUUGUGGAAAUGCACCUCAGACAAGUCAGGCUUCAAUCUUUGGGUGGCACUACCCCUUUCUUUUAGAUCUGGUUGCACUCAUGGUCCCUUCAGGCUCCAUUUCACCUUUCUUUCAGAGGCAGGACUAAUGCCAAGGUGAGUUAAAUGAUGAUUGUUAAUUACAUUAAUCCUUCAGGUAGGGAUGGCAAGUAAGGGGUACUUAGGCUGAGGUGCAAGGCAACCUUGACUUUUCUAAAUAGUUUUUGGCCUGCAUCUGUAGUACUUUCUGUGGGCACGGAAUGUGUGGAUACACCAGACGAAGGGAUGGGGUCCUGGAAGCUUUUGUACAAACAACCAAGUGGUGAAGACACAGGAGGGUGAGAAGCUAAUUUCAUGGCUUCUUCAGAUAGUUUUGCUCUCCUGCACUUCUGUCUGCACCCUACAACAACAGCUUGUCCCAUUUUCAAUCUGCUUUCCAAGGUACCUAAACAUCCUAUUAGACAUCCUGCUUAGAGCAGGUCAGGCUCUAAAACUACCUGAAUAUCCCCUGGAUUGAAUAACAACAGUGGAUAUCCCUUACUGAUACCAUUCUAAAACUGAGUUGGGGAGGGGAUUGAGGAGAAGAGGUUUUUCUGUUUUGUGCCAGAAGUUCUUUCCCUGAGAAGGUGGGGUGUUCAGGAUCACUGAGUAUACAACUCUGGCUUGCCAGUGGAAUGCGUCGUGCGACUUGUUGAGCUGUGACUUUACAGUGUGCAGACAAUAAAGUUGUGGCCAUUGAACAGUCUA